CGGGCCCGUGGUCUGGUAGCCCACGUGGGUUGGGCUUCGGACAGCGCUGAGGGUCGGCCGACCGAAUUGAAGCGGCGCGGAAUACCAUGGGGAAGCUGCGCCGGCGGUACAACAUCAAGGGACGCCAGCAGGCGGGCCCUGGCCCCUCGAAGGGACCCCCCGAGCCGCCCCCAGUGCAGCUGGAACUCGAGGAUAAGGGAACGUUGAAAGGCGUUGAUGCAAGCAACGCACUCGUUCUUCUGGGGAAAAAGAAGAAAAAGAAGACCAAAGCCCCUCCCCUAUCGAAGAAGGAGAAGAAACCUCUGACCAAGAAAGAGAGGAAAAUGCUGCAGAAAAUCUUAGAACAGAAGGAAAAAAAGAGCCAGCGAGCAGAGAUGCUAAAGAAAUUGAGUGAAGUCCAGGUUUCAGACACGGAGAUGAAGCUCUUUUACACCACAUCCAAGCUGGGCACAGGAGACCGCAUGUACCACACCAAAGAGAAGCCUGAUGAGGUUGCCCCCCAGGGUCCAGAGGAGAUCAACAGCCUCAGCGGGGCCCACCGGAAGCGCCGCCGCCAGCAGUCAGAAGAAGAGGAGUCUGAGUCCUCUGAGGCUGACGAGGCUGACGAGGCCUUGGCUGCCGGGCAGGUGGAGGCGGGUGCAGGGACAGCCGUCCUACGUCUACUGCCAGCCCCGCCUGAGGCCCAGGGCGAAAGCCCAAUGCCCAGCUGUCAGCCCACCUGGGCCGGGACCUCCACUGCUGCUCCUGCCCCUCCAGCAGCCACCCCGACCGCAGCCAGGCCCCUUGCGAAGCCCGCUGUCUUUGUCCCUGUGAACCGCUCCCCCGAGAUGCAGGAAGAGCGGCUGAAGCUCCCAAUUCUCGCAGAGGAGCAAGUGAUCAUGGAGGCGGUGGCCGAGAACCCCAUUGUCAUUGUGUGCGGUGAGACCGGCAGCGGCAAGACCACGCAGGUGCCGCAGUUCCUCUACGAAGCCGGCUACAGCAGCGACGACAGCAUCAUCGGGGUCACAGAGCCACGCCGAGUGGCCGCCAUCACCAUGUCCCAGAGAGUGGCCAAGGAGAUGAACUUGUCACAGCGAGUCGUCUCCUACCAGAUCCGGUACGAAGGCAACGUGACUGAAGAGACGAGAAUCAAGUUCAUGACGGAUGGCGUGCUGCUUAAAGAAAUCCAGAAGGACUUCCUGUUGCGGAAAUACAAGGUCGUGAUCAUCGAUGAGGCCCACGAGAGGAGCGUGUACACCGACAUCCUCGUUGGCCUCCUGUCCCGUAUCGUGACGCUCCGGGCGAAGAAGCAUCUGCCGUUGAAGCUGCUCAUCAUGUCGGCCACGCUGCGGGUGGAGGACUUUACCCAGAACCAGCGACUGUUUGCCAGGCCGCCUCCGGUUAUCAAGGUUGAAUCCAGGCAGUUCCCAGUGACUGUGCAUUUCAACAAGUGGACACCGCUGGAAGACUACAGCGGCGAGUGCUUCCGGAAGGUCUGCAAGAUCCAUCGCAUGCUGCCGGCAGGUGGCAUCCUGGUGUUCUUAACGGGGCAGGCAGAGGUGCACGCACUGUGCCGCAGGCUCAGGAGGACCUUCCCCUGUACCAGACGGGGACCGCAAGAAAAGGAAGAACAGAAAGAUUCGGUGGAAGAAAUGCGGAAGUUUAAGAAGUCACGGUCAAGGGCAAAGAAGGCUCAGGCUGCGACAUUGCCCCAGAUUAGCUUGGAUAACUACUCGGUACUGCCAGCGGGUGAAGACGGUGAAGACAGGGAGGCAGAGAUGGACGAUGACGAGGAGGGCCUGGGCUCCGACCUGGAUCUGGACUUGGGGGACGAGGGAGCAGAUGAAGGUGAGCAGCCAGACUCCUCCCUCCCACUCCACGUGCUCCCGCUCUACUCUUUGCUGGCCCCCGAGAAGCAAGCACAGGUCUUCUCACCUCCCCCAGAGGGGACGCGGCUGUGCGUCGUGGCCACCAACGUGGCCGAGACAUCCCUCACCAUCCCUGGCAUCAAAUACGUGGUGGACUGUGGGAAGGUCAAGAAGCGUUACUAUGACCGCGUCACCAGCGUGUCCUCCUUCCGUGUCACAUGGGUCUCCCAGGCGUCAGCUGAUCAGCGGGCGGGCCGGGCUGGGCGGACAGAGCCCGGCCACUGCUACAGGUUGUACUCCUCUGCGGUUUUCGGUGACUUUGAGAAGUUCCCUCCUCCUGAAAUCACCCGGAGGCCCGUUGAAGACUUGAUCCUUCAGAUGAAAGCUCUCAACAUCGAGAAGGUCAUCAACUUCCCCUUCCCGACCCCUCCCUCCAUAGAGGCCCUCAUCGCUGCUGAGGAGCUGCUCGUCGCGCUGGGGGCUCUGCAGGCGCCCCAGAAAGCAGAGAGGGUGAAGCAGCUGCAGAGGUCCCGGGUCAGCUGCCCCAUCACCCCGCUGGGCAGGACCAUGGCCACAUUCCCCGUGGCGCCCCGCUAUGCUAAGAUGCUGGCGCUGAGCCAGCAGCAUGGCUGCCUGCCCUACGCCAUCACCAUCGUGGCUGCCAUGACGGUGCGCGAACUGUUCGAGGAGCUGGACAGACCAGCCUCCAGCGACGAGGAGCUCGCCAUGCUGAAGGGCAAGCGGGCCCGCGUGGCCCAGAUGAAGAGGACCUGGGCAGGGCAGGGGGCCUCUCUGCUGCUAGGAGACCUCAUGGUGCUCCUGGGUGCCGUGGGAGCCUGGGAAUUUGCAGGCGGCUCGCCCCAGUUCUGUGAGGCCAACGGGCUGCGGUACAAGGCCAUGAUGGAGAUCCGGCGCCUGCGGGGCCAGCUGACCACUGCAGUCAAUGCCGUGUGCCCUGAGGCUGAGCUCUUCGUGGACCCCAAGAUGCAGCCACCCUCCGAGAGCCAGGUGACCUACCUGCGGCAGAUUGUGACAGCCGGCCUGGGUGACCACCUGGCCCGCAGGGUCCAGAGUGAGGAGCUGCUGGAUGACAGGUGGAGGAAUGCCUACAAGACACCCCUCCUUGAUGACCCUGUCUUCAUCCACCCCAGUUCUGUCCUCUUCAGAGAACUCCCCGAGUUUGUGGUCUACCAGGAAAUCGUGGAAACCACCAAGAUGUACAUGAAAGGUGUCUCAGCUGUGGAGGUGCUGUGGAUCCCCGUGCUCCUGCCUCCCUACUGCCAGUUUGGGCCACCUGCCGAGAAACCACCCCCUGCCUACUGCCCCAAUAUGGGGCGUGUGCUGUGCCACCGCGGCAGCGUGUUCUAUCGGGUUGGCUGGCCACUUCCCGAGGUCCAGGUGGACUUUCCCGAGGGCAUCGACCGCUACAAACACUUUGCCCGGUUUCUACUGGAAGGGCAGGUUUUCCACAAGCUGGCCUCGUACCAAGGCUGUCUGCUGUCCAGCCCCAGCACAAUGCUAAAGACAUGGGCCAGGCUGCAGCCCAGGACGGAGAGUGUCCUGAAAGCCCUGGUUGCUGAGAAAGCAGACUGCCGCGACGCCUUGCUGGCUGCUUGGAAGAAAAAUCCCAAAUACCUGCUGGCUGAGUACUGCGAGUGGCUUCCACAGGCCAUGCACCCCGACGUGGAGAAAGCCUGGCCCCCCACUUCUGACCGCUGACCGGCACCUGGCUACGGGCCGAGGACCAGCCAGG